AUUUUUAAAACCCUCCGAAAGUAUAAUAAAGAAACGACGUUUCACUUAUUUGAUUUGUCCUUUUUUUCCACUUUCAAGAAAGUCCCAAUUUUUUUAUACAUAUAUAUUUUGUAGUAACAACGGAUUGAUUAAGACAGAUGAGCUAACAUCCUUACGUGUAGCUUCAGAAGAAUCAAUGAACGUGGACGACCGGAGUUGGCGAUGAAGUCGGUGAAGAUUCCCCGGUGCCGUAAACACCGCCACCGCCUGUUUGCUGACUCUUCUUUAUUUAAUUCGAUAACAGAAAUUGUUCCAUUUGGAUAACUUCCUUUCAAGAUUCCACGUAUUUCAUCCAAAAUCUCCGCCUAUAAAUCCACCAUCACUAAAUUCCUCAUCUCAUCCACAACAACUCAGAAAUCUAAACACUACGCAUCAAUGGCUGUUUCAUCUAUUUCAACUGCAUCUUCCUUUUUUACUUCCCCUAAUUUCUCCAUCAAUUUGAAGUCAUCGGUAAAAUCGAGUUCAAACUCCGUCAAGUUCGGAAGAGCUCCGAUUUCAGCUUCUUACGCCACCGCUGAGAAAACAGAGACGAUUAGAUCGUUCUGUAGUAAUACUCCUUCAUCUCUGUACGAUGUGCUCGGAGUUCGAGCCGGAGCUGAUAUUAGAGAGGUGAAAGCGGCGUACCGGAGAUUAGCGAGAGUUUUGCAUCCGGAUGUCGGGAGUAGUGACUCGUCGGCGGAUGAGUUCAUGAAAGUGCACUCGGCUUAUGCUACACUUGUGGAUCCGGUGAAACGAGCGGAUUACGAUCGGACUUUGGUUCAGAGGCGGGCGGGGGGUUCUUCUCCGGUGAGAUUUUCCGGUGGUUACAAGAGUCGGAGAUGGGAGACUGACCAAUGUUGGUAGAAAUUGUGUAUUUGAAAGUCAGGUCGCCAUUUUAGAGAUCUUGAACAUGUAAAUAUGAAAAUAGGUUCGAAUUGAAGAAUCAAUCUCCUGAUAAUACUUGGUAGAUUUUGAAGCCAUAGUGUUGAAUUUUGAGAUUAGGAUUUCAUAUGAUUUUCAUAUUUUUAAUUUUUGAUAUGAAACUAAUGUCGUUGAGUUCA